CCCAGAAAGCGCUAUACUUCAGUCACAACAACAAUCCACCUGCGGGAAAAUGGCAACAUUUGUACAGUUACUGCUCGCGAUGGCACUGCUACCGAUUGUACUCCAGCUGGGCGGUCCGUACGCAACGGCGGAAAAGGUUUGGGUCGACCGGGACAAUGUAUAUUGUGGCCAUAUCGACUGCAGGCAGGUCGCCACAUUCAAGGGUGAACGGUUCUGCAGCCCGUGCGAUACGCGACACUUUUGCGAGUGCAAGGAAACGUUGGAGUCGCUGCCGUACAUGUACGUAUGCCCCGGUUCGGAACCGUGCCAGACGAGCGAUCGGCGCGGUUCGUGUCAGAAAACGAUGCGAGACGAACUGUGCAGCCUCAUCGACAAACCGUUCCUGGAACAGUGAACUUAAACUGCAAAGCUAUUAAAUUUUGAACCAAAAAAAAAAGUUACAAAAUGGUAAAACUGAUAAAAAAUUAUGAAACAAUAACAAUGCUGCGUAAAGGAUAAUUGCAUCCUUCUUAAAGCUUUUUCUUUAAACG